CUUUUGCUCUAAGUGUCAUUCGCUGAAUAAUUGUUGCGGAUUUAAUAAAAAAAAUUGAAAAUAUCACGCAAUAAGAUGGAGUUCAAUAAAAGAAGUCGUACCACAAACCGAGAACAAUUCGCUUUAAUGGCUGAACGGAUGAAGCUCAACGGGGGCAUUGCCAAAAGUAUGUCCAAUGAGCCACCAGAGGUAGUAUCCGUGUUCUGGACAUCACUUAGCACGGACUUAAAUGCGUUAGGACCUCCAACAAAGUCCCUUGCCGAGUGGAAAAAAGUAAGAAAGUUGAUUAUUUAUAAACCAAUUUUAUUAAACUUGAACUAUUUUCAGGUAUGGUCAGAUUUUAAAUCCUCCAUAAAGAAAAAAUUGUCUAACAACCGAAUACAAAUGCGAGCAACAGGUGGAGGUCCAAAUAGGGAGGUACAAUUGACUGCUUUGGAAGAGGAAGUUGCGCAGCUGGUGAAUAUUUAUGACGCCGUUGCGGGAGUCUCCGGCAGGCACUGUGGUACGCCACAAGGCCCAUCUCGUGGUAGCCACACAGACAGCGCAGCUUCCGAGCCAUCUACCAGUGGUGCAGUAAACAGGGAAGAAGCUGAUAAUAUGGAAAAUGCUGAAAAUUCAAAUGGAAACAGUUCUUCACCUACGUCUCCGCAACCCCAACAGAGAGUGCCACAAAGGAGAACCCAAUUGACGCUCCUUAAAACUCAGUUGGAUAUGCAAAAAAAAUAUUACGACAACGUCGUAUGUAAUUUAAAAAGUCAAAAAAGAAAAAUGGAAGAUGUAGCAAAUAAUUUAAAAAAAAUGCAAAAAACAAUGAGCAGUCUCAACAACAACGUUGAGGGUAUGCGCUCCAUACUAGGGAACUUAGUUGCCGAGACAAAAAGACAUAAUUUGGUAACGGAACAAUUAUUGCGGCACAAGACCAAAGUUAAGGAGCAACUUUUAGAAUUGGAGAUACAGGGAGUGAAAAAUGCGCUAAAGAAGUAGUAGAUAUAGUUUAAGUUUA